AUGACCCCCUGCAAAUGGUUCUCGGAUGGACGCACGACCGAUGCAACCCGCAAAGCCAAGCGCGCACGAUCGACAGGCAACAUCAGCUGUCCGGGAGUAAAUGGACAACGACAGCAGCGGGCAGCUGUGCGAGUCAGCGAAAGGUGGUUCUGCCCGUUCUUAAUGAAUUGGUGGGGUUCCUCGGACCGCUUGACCACUUAUGAAUGGAUGCUAUUCGACAUUCAAAAUACCUUGCACGUUGCGAGUCGUGAUGCUCAUAAAGAUGGUUGGGAAGCUCCUUUCUCUGCCGUCUUUCUUUCAUCUGGCGUUCGGUAUUCACGCAAGCCAAAAAUACCCCUAAGCUACACGAUGUCGUCAUGGAUUAAGUCACAUCAGUACGCGCGAGUUGACCAAGCCAUUGAUAAUGGCGAGAGUGUCCAACAUAGAGAAUCGCGGCUGAGGGAGUACUGGCAGAAGGUCAGAGUCCACCUUUUUUACGCGAUACUCCUCGUCUUAGUGGCGGGGCUCAGCAGAAAUACCGCGCCUAGCAAAGCUACGCCAGCUUAUUACGGCGUUGAGCCCGUUAAGUCUGAGAUGCGAUUAUCAACCAUAAGCAGAACUUUUGAGUUAGAUCUCAAUUAUGCUAUGCCACCAUCCGCACAAGUCGAUGAAGCUUGGGCCUCGCUUCUUCCUAAGGAGGGUGGCUUCUUUCAACACUCCAAGCUUGCGCCGCAAAAAAGCUGCAUAGCGGUGUUCCACCAACUUCACUGUCUCGACAUGAUCCGUCAAGCACUAUAUGAGGCGCGGCCUGACAUCAUGGAGCAAGUCAACAAUGGGUCGCACCCUGCAGAUCACAAGGCAGACCAUAACGCAGGCCACGACACUUCUCCCGAUCAUAAUCACGUCAAAGAUAUGUAUCAUAUAGGACACUGUUUGGACCUUGUCCGCCAGUCCAUUCUUUGCAGACCUGACCUGACUGUGGAGGUUGGUGACCCUGCGGUGGGCGGUGUAACGGGGUUCGGUACUGAACAUCAAUGCGUGAACUGGCAGGAAUUGAUGGACUGGAUGAAGGACCACGAAUGA